CGGGGCUGGUGCGGUGAGUGCAGAGGCGGUGGGCGUGUCCUGUAGUGUCGCUGUGGGGAGCUGAGGGAUCGCAGCCGGAGGAGACAAGCUGGAGUCGGGGUCCGGGGAAGCUGCUGCUGAUACAGAAAUCCCUUUGUUGCCUUAUCCAUCCCUCCAUACCUUGGAUCUGAGUCGGGGAAUAACUACAUUGAGGAUUACACGUGGAUGGGUGCCUGAGACUGCGCCGAGAAACCGAAGAAACUCAAAAUCUUCAGGUCUUCCAUAACACAGACUAAGUUUCGGUCCCUGCCCGGCUGUCAGGCGUUCCUCAGAAUACUACAAGCUGCGAGCUUUUCACCUGCAUGGAAAUGAGCAUGUGGAAUGUAUCCGUAACCCAGAGUAUUUAAGAAAACUAGUGUUUCCAUCGUCUUCAAGAACCCAAUGACUUCACCGCCCUAUUUUGAGUGCCACCAGUGAUGAGAAACAAAAUGCUAUGCAGAUUCCUCUGACCCGAUCUGGCUUCUCUGCGGACAUGCUUGUGAGCGCUUUCAUUUUGAGACGGAUUACUUCACGUAAAUCUGCCCAGACAAGGUCCCAAUAAUGGUUCUGCACUUUGGCUUUACAAAGAACUUUAAUACGUUUUUGCUCGAUACGGAUAUUUAUAUCUGUAUUGGAGCAUGACAAGCUACAGAUCCUACCAAAAUGAUGGAGUGGAGGCCAGCGGCACAUCCAUGAGAGCGAAUGAGGUCAUCCGAGGAGUGGAUUACUAUCCACAGGGCCUGUGGGGACAGAACAGCAAUGGUAUGCAACACUCAGCAGAUGCAUCGAAGUUUAGCUCUAUUACCCCGGCAAUGCCAAAAAUGGGAGUGCGUGCCAGGAUUGCUGACUGGCCUCCAAAAAAAGAGACUCAAAAAGACACCAUGACCCCUAGUCCAUCAAGGGAAAUGGAUGGACCCAAUGAGUUCUACCAGCAAAGGAGCUUUCCAAAUGGACCACAUUUUCAAAGCAACGGGGGUUCUCCAGGAUUUCGAGGCUUUCAUAGACUGUCGAGGAAGAGGUCCAAAGAUGUGGAGUUCUUAGAUGGUUGGCCGAGGUCUCCGGGCCGGACAUUUAUCACCCUUCGGAAUAGAAGCAACAGUGAGACAACACUGAGUGAAUGUGAUAUGGAUGUAUCCUUGGAACCCAGGGGGUCAAAGCUAAGCAAUGGGAUGCCUCUCUUCAGGGAGUAUGGUAGCACAUCUUCUAUUAAUGUGCAAGGCGUUUCAGAUCAGAGCUUGUAUGAUAUGCUGAAAGACUUAAGAAAUGAGAAGCAUGAUAAAGGAAGUGAAUCGCCGAUUAGGGGAAGUGGUCUUCUUCAUGAGGACUCCAGCAUUGCUUCUAAUCUCCACUUGGCAGCGAGCUCCAGGACAGAUCUGCGCAAUGGACAAUAUCAGAGAGAUGACGGUACAUUAAAGGAUAAGCAAAGGAAACGGGCUCCCAAAGGGGAGUCCAAUGACUCCUCCAUAUUUCGCAAGUUGAGAAGCAACAAAAGUGAGAAUGAAAUGGGAAAGACUUAUGGAGACCAGGAUGACGGUCUUAAGCCCUGGAUGUGCCCAAAAGCCUUUGCCCACUAUGACGUGCAGAGCAUGCUCUUUGACCUGAAUGAAGUAGCUGCCAACCGGAAUUACGUGGCCCAAAGGCGGAACACUACAACCGGAGCGUCUGCUGCAUCCGCUGUGAACUUAGCUGUUUCUAAAGCUUUUAGUCUUAGUAACAUGGACCCCAGUUUCACCAGCACUGAAGACCUGAACUAUAAGGAGAACCUGGAGCAGGACAUGGGGGACAAUAACAGUAAUGACCUCCUCCUCAGCUGUCCACACUUCCGAAAUGAGACAGGGGGGAUGUCUGAGCGUAAUGUGAGCUUUUCCAAGGCUUCUGCGGGUUCUCCCAAUGGAACUGAAGGAGGAGUAUUGGAGCCCUCUCUUUCUGUAUACUGUACCAAUGCCAGUAUAUCUGUUUUGGAAGUCUCCAAGGAGAUGCAGAAGACUCAAGGCAGAUUAAAACACUACAGUAUAGAACAUGUGGAUUUGGGAGCUCGGUAUUACCAAGACUACUUUCAUGGGAAAGAGCACUGUAAUUACUUUGGAAUAGACGAGAAGCUGGGGCCCGUCGCUGUGAGUCUGAAAAGGGACAAACUGGAUGACAGCAAGGACCAUGGUCCCCAGAACCAGUACAGGAUCAUCCUCCGGACCAGUGAGCUUGUAACCCUAAGAGGAAUGAUCCACGAAGACGCUGUGCCGUCCGCAGCAAAGCAUGGUACAGUCCGGGGCCUACCACUCAAAGACGUCCUGGAGGCCGUGAUACCCGAGCUUAACAUCCACUGUCUACGACUGGCGAUGAAUUCCCCAAAAGUCACCGAGCAGCUUCUCAAGCUGGAUGAACAAGGGCUCUGCAGAAAACACAAGGUGGGGAUCCUGUACUGUAAAGCGGGUCAGAGCUCGGAGGAGGAGAUGUAUAACAACGAGAGUGCAGGACCAGCCUUCGAAGAAUUCUUAUCUUUACUAGGGGAGAAAGUCUGCCUUAGGGGCUUCAGCAAGUACGCGGCUCAGCUGGACACGAAGACGGACUCCACGGGGACACACUCUCUCUAUACCAACUACCAGCACUACGAGCUCAUGUUUCACGUAUCAACAAUGCUGCCGUACACCCCAAACAACCGACAGCAGCUUCUUCGGAAGAGACACAUUGGGAAUGAUAUAGUGACCAUCAUCUUCCAGGAGCCCGGAGCUUUGCCUUUUACUCCCCAGAACAUUCGCUCGCACUUCCAGCAUGUCUUUAUUAUUGUCCGGGCACAUGAGCCUUGCACUGAGAAUGUCUGCUACAGAGUGGCAGUGACCAGAUCCAAAGAUGUCCCUCCCUUUGGUCCUCCAAUUCCUAAUGGCGUCACAUUCCGUAAAUCCGAUGUGUUCCGCGAUUUUCUUCUGGCCAAAGUGAUCAAUGCUGAGAAUGCAGCUCACAAGUCAGAUAAAUUUCACACUAUGGCUACUCGUACGAGACAGGAAUACUUAAAGGACCUGGCAGAGAACUAUGUCACCAAUACUCCUAUCGACACCUCCGGUAAAUUUAACCUGAUCUCUCUGACGUCGAAGAAGAAGGAAAGGACAAGGGCACGGGCCGGGGCCGAGCUGCAGAGUUCGGGCGCCUUGUGUUGGCGGGUGAUGGCUCAAGACUUUUCUCAGGCAGCUGAGACAGAAUGCGCUUUGGGCAUCUCCAAUGAGUUCAUGGUCCUGAUAGAGACCACCACAAAGGAAGUGGUCUUUAACUGUUACUGUGCUGAUGUCAUUGGGUGGACUCCAGAGCCGCUGUCCCUGAAGAUCUUUUAUGGCCGAGGUGAUCAUAUAUUAAUAUGGGCAAUUGACGGCAAUGCAGAAGAUAUCCGGGAGAUUGUGCAGAGACUUAAGAUAAUGACCACGGGAUGCGAGACGAUGGACAUGACCUUACGCCGGAACGGACUGGGUCAGCUCGGUUUCCAUGUAAAGUAUGACGGUACGGUAGCAGAAGUGGAGGACUAUGGAUUUGCAUGGCAGGCUGGUCUGCGGCAGGGAAGUCGACUUGUAGAAAUAUGCAAAGUAGCCGUGGUGACACUUACACACGACCAGAUGAUUGACCUCCUCCGCACGUCAGUCACAGUGAAGGUAGUCAUCAUACCCCCACAUGAGGAUGGAGUCCCUCGAAGAGGAUGGUCUGAGUCCUAUGAACUCUGCUCUAUGGACAAGGAUUCGGAAAAUGCAACGUCUGGUUCACGGCCACCGUACCGCAACAACACAGCCUGGCAGUGGAGUGGCGCUGCCACACAUCACGGGGCCAGUCCUUCUCAGAAAUGGGUUACCCCAAGCUAUGCACAAUCUCUAAACCGACUGCCCAAGCAGGGCCCGGCAGUGCCCAUCCGAGAGCCUCAGCCGCUACACAACAACAGAAGGCCAGUGAGUUACCCGGAGACGCCGUACGCCGCCACAUCUCCGACAGCCAUCGACAAAGUGCAGCCUUACAGACACCCCUCCGGGAGCUUCUCUACACCGUCUACUGGGGCCGGAUACAGCCGCUACAAACCCACCCCGGACAGGUUUGGCACCCCCCAGCGCACCAUUCCGCAGGCUGAAUCUUACGGUACACAAGAUGGCUUGUCUGGUCAGGAGAUGACCGUGGACAGACAUAAACCAGAACCUCUGUGGCACAUCCCAUCGCAGCCCAGAGUGGGAGCCAGUGUGAACAAGAGACCUAACAGGCAGGAGCUGGCUGGCAAGAGUUCUCCUCACCGCCAUUCAAGGGGAGAGGCCCAGUAUUCCAGUCACUCCAGCAGUAACACAUUGUCCAGCAACGCCUCCAGCAACCACAGCGACGAGCGGUGGUUUGAUCCCCAAGAGCAGCCAGAUAUAGACCUAGAGCCCCUCUCUAAGGGAAACUCAAACGACAGUGGCAUUGAUACCUCCCUGCCAAAUUUUGCACAGUCUAAGCCAGCCAGGCCAACUCCUCGCCGAGAGAAAGUGCAGAAACCCAUGGCAUGCUCCACCUACCCCGGCAUGCAUGAAAGCUGCUCCCGGGACAAGAGGAAAGAUCAGAUGUCCUCUGGAAAAGGCUACAGACCCAAAAUGUACCCACCUGGUAAUGGCACUGCAGAAGCCUUCGGUGACUCAAGCAGAUCCAUCACGUAUAAAACCCCAGACGGUUCCAGGAACCAGCAGAUGUCACAGUCAAGCUCCUUCCAGCUGUCCAGCUCUGUGCCCAAAUCUUUUUUCUCUCGUCAGAACGUGAGGAAUAAGAUCCCAGCUGGCUGGAAAAAGCCAGAGGAGACACCACAAAGGCCAACCACAUUCACAGACCCCAAAAAACAAGUAGAUCCUAACACAAAGAACGUCUUCGGACAGCCCAGGCUACGGGCCUCGCUGCGGGAUCUCCGGUCGCCUCGCAAGAAUUACAAGUCAACCAUUGAGGAUGAUCUGAAGCGGCUGAUUAUUAUGGACAAUCUGGGGCCAGAGCAGGAGCAGGACUGCAUGUCUCCUCAGAAAACCCUGCAGAGAACACUUUCCGACGAGAGCCUGUGCAGCGGACGCAGAGACGCGGGGUUUGCCUGCUCCCCGUCGGCCGACUCCUCUCGGAGCAGCGAUGUCUUCUUUACGAACCCAUACCCAUCCAGUACUCUUCCUGUGCGCCGCCAGCACCAGCCUGGCAUGCCAGAGAAAUCCGCCACCAUCUCGUCUUCCGAGCUGUCACUUACAGAGGUUCGAGAGUCCAGGCAUGUUGACCCAGGUAUGAUGCCGCUGCCAGACACUGCAUCAGGCCUAGAGUGGUCAAGUCUUGUCAGUGCAGCCAAAGCCUAUGAAGUGCAAAGAGCCGCCUCACUCUUCUCUCUGAACGAAACAGCUUUGAGUCCUGUGCAAAGUGGUGGCACCGCUCACCUUAGCCUGGAGAGGCAGCACACACCGCGCACCACCCCCACCUCCAGUGAAGAAGUGAUUCCUGACCUCACAGGGAAGGUUCUACAGCUUGAGGUCAUGUUGAAACAGCUCCACACAGAUCUUCAAAAGGAAAAACUGGAUAAAGAGGCGCUGCAGGUAGAAGUGGCGAGUCUCCGGCAGAACAACCAGCGACUUCAGGCAGAAUCGCACUCGGCCAGCGAGCAGCUGAGGAAAUUUGCAAAAAUCAUUCAUAAUACUGUGGAGAAAAAGGAUCAUUGAGGUCCCAGGAGGUGACUGAGACUCCCAGAGGGGGGUAACAGGGGUAACACAGAGCUCACAAUAUGGUACAUCCCACCAGAGGGGGUGGUCUCUCCCCUUAAAAUGCCCUGCACUGUAAGACUGGAAUCAUAAUUUUUUGUUCCUUUUUAUCAUGAUGGAUGCAAAGUUUUCUCCGUUGUCACUUUUUUUGCAUUAAUAUAUUUUUCUUUUUCAUGUACAGAAAACAACUUUUUCCCCUCCUUUUGUAGAUUUGUAAAAAUUAAGAAAGUUGAGGAGUAGGAGGGAGGAACGGGAUGUAUUUUUUUCGCCAUAUUGUCUGCACACAAGUUUCCGUCAGGAAUUAUGCAAAAAAAAAACAAAAA